UAGGGAUCAACUAAACAACAGAGGGGAAAAAAAGGAACAAAAGUAGAACAGCAUUGGGACAGAGGUUAUUUGGACUAAUACGGGCAUCCCUCUUAAUUGUAGAACUCCAGAGAACAGUACCGUGCCAGGAAUGACUUGAGAGUCAAUGGGAUCGCCUAGAAAAUCUUGACCUGGAUGGGAGAAAAAUUUCAGAGCGUGUUGGUCUUCAGCUUUCUGCUGUGUUAGCAAGACUGGCAAUUGGAUGCCCCUCCUGUUGGAUGGUACAAUGAUGUUCUCCAGCCAGCCUUUCAUCUCCCAUACCCAGAUGACACACUGGCCUUUGUUGUCCUGAGCACGCCUUCAAUGUUUGACAAAGCCCUUAAGCCUUUUGUGAACAAAGAACGGUUAAAAAUAAUCAGGGAUCCUGUGGACCAGUGUAUUUCUCAUCACUUAUCAUGUGUGAAGGAGAAAUUCCCCGACCAGAAGGUGGACAUCAUCUGUGAUUACGAGAUCCUGCCAAACCGAAAGCCCAAGUUCUUGGCACAGACAGCUGCCCAUGUUGCAGGAGCAGCCUAUUACUACCAGAGGAAGGAUGUGAAGCUUGAUCCUUGGGGUAAAAAGAAGAUCUAUGGUGUAUGCAUCCAUCCCAAGUAUGGCGGCUGGUUUGCUAUCCGGGCUCUCCUCCUAUUCCCAGAUAUUCAGGUGCCGUUACUGGAACAGACUGCCCCCACUGACUGUGUGAGCACAGAGGAGAAAAGAAUUGAGUUGCUGGAGCAGUUCAAUUUCCACUGGCAGGACUGGCGCUACAGGGACAUAAUUGAAGUGAAGGAAAGGUACUCAGAGGAGCAGAAAGCCUACUUUGCCACUCCUCCAGCAGAGAGAUUCAGACUGCUAGGCCUGCCAGGAGAAGCCCAGAGAAGCACAUUUCACUGAGCAACAUGGUUUCUUGAAGGGGCAAGGUGUGAGCGAAGGGUAAGGGCAAGGUGUGAGCGAAGGGUAACUGACCAGCACCUUCUUUUCUGCGGUGCUGAGGAGGUAGAUGUGCUGAUGUAGAGAAUACAAAUCCAAGCAGCUGGGUACAGCAUCUCAACCCAAACAUGAGCUUCAUAGAGCAUGAGGGAGCAUUGCAUCAUAGCACUACUGGUCUAGAGGAAGGUGGGGGCAGUGUGUUCCAUGCUGUUGCUGAUUCAAUGUGUGUUUUUUUUGAGUCUGGUAAGAUGCCUAUUAGCCUUUGGCUGGGCACAGUUCAGACAUCUUUGCACUGGAAAACCCAUGCUGCUAAUUAGAAAAGUUAUGUGUGUUCUUAAGAAUUUUCUUUCCAAAUGUUUCAGGUUUAUUCAGUGCAAGAGUGAAAAAAUAAUUUUUCAGUCACUGUACUCUGAAAUAAUUUUUCUUCAGCUUGAACUCAGGGCAGAUAUUUUUAGAUGUAUCCAGCACUUUAUUUCCCGGUGUCAUAACUCUCCCUGGGAAACAAAUGUUCAAUCUUUUCAGUCUUGCCCUCCUCAGAAAAAAAGACGUUCUGCAUUCCUUCACCUUUAGGGAAGCUGGCUUAAUUUCAUUAAGAAAUCUUUUAAUGACUCCUCCCCUUAACCUCCAGAAGAAAAUUCUCCAAAGAGGUUGUUUCGUCAGUAGCCUAGUCCUGUGCAUGGAGCAGGACUGAGCAAAACAUUGCUCAGCAGCAGCCUCCUUUUUCAGGAUAGUUAUGAAAGGGAAACUGACGGUCAUGGACUAAGUCUCAUAUAUUUCCUUUACACCCCGUGUCAGCUUCUCAGAACAGGGUGAAGUCUUUAGGUCAAUUUUAAGAACUUGCCCACUGUACGGAGCAGCCUACUAAAAUCUUUGGAAAGAUACUGAAUAAUGUCUGUGUGAGUAGAGUUUUAGUCAUAUUAAGCUGAUUGAUUAAAAAGAAAAACGUCAUGACCUUUUUCUAAGGUGGGUGAGAUUUGAAUUUAAAGUAUGUUCCAGUGAUGUGCUGGCUAUACUAUGGUUUUACUACAACAGUUUCCUGUUGUACUCUCUGUUUUUGUGUGAGGGAGAUGAUGAACUUGCACCCACACAAAAACCAUUACAUGAAACAUUGUCACACACGCAAAGACAACGAAAAAGAGGGAAAAUAUUAAUGGUUUUCACAUUACUUAUAUUGUUGGAUAACACAUUUUCAGACAGAAAUAUAACUUUGUGUUUUUAGAUGACUGUCUUGUUUGAUUUGUUCAGAGCUCAAAAUGGCACUCAGAAUCAGGAAUUCAUUUACCUUAGAGCACAGUGAAGCUCAGGCCUCAUGAAAAUAAUAUAAUAUGUUAAAAUAAUAGUUUGUGAAAGUUUUGGUACUUGACCGCGAUGCCAUGCUGCGAGUUGCUAAGCACUUUCUUCCUUUCCUUGAUACCAACAUGAUUAUGCAAAAAUUCUCACUUUGCAGAACUAAGCCCUUUGUUUUUAUUUCAGAUUGCAGUUCUUACCUUUUAGAGACCUAACACUAAGGUUACUCUCACACUAAGUCAUUGCUUGAUAUGUUUUGUCGUAAUCUAUAUUCUAAAUCAGCAAAAUCAAAAUUCAGCAUAAGUUUGUUUUUCUCUAAAUUGUGUAGGAAGCAUGUGAUCACUGGGCUUGUUCAGUCUACUCACUGUUACAAAAACGUCUGUGUUAUUUUCCAUGCUUUUGUUCACCACAUCUUCUCACUAAGGCACGCACCUGAUUUACUCUGUGAUAAUGGUAUCAUGAUUUUUAAUGUAAAACAAAAUAAUUGUUUUUCGUUAUAGAAUUACUUCUGGUUUGAAAUGUUGGUUGACCUUUCAGAACUUCCCAAUUGAACUGUAAUUUAACAGGGACUUGAGUGAAUGGUUUCGUAUUAGUAACAUAUACAAAAUAAUGAUUUUCCUAGAAGGAGACAGAAUGGAUUUACAUUAAGUUCAAACUGAAAUAUUUUGAUUUUGGGGACUGAUUUUUGUUAUAAAUGUUUAAUAUUUUGUUGUAGUUCAUUCAUUGAACAGGUUACUAUCACCAUGUCGUUUCAAUGUUUGUAAUUUAUUUCUCUUCAUAUUGUAUUUUGGUUAAUAAAAUAUACAAAGUUGUAAGUAAUCUUGAACACUGAGUAUUUUUGUCUAAGCAUUUCAAUGAGCGAGACUUGAUUGUUGCGUUUUUAAUGUACUGAAAAUAGUCAGCUACCUAAGAGACAAAAAACAGCAUCUGAACACAUCAACAGUGAAAGUUAGUGAUCUUAGCAAAGUUAGUAAAUUAUAAUGAUAGGCAAAUCUGUGUUACUGAAAAAUGAAACAUUUAUUAUGAAUAGGUCUAAUAAAUCUUUAUUUUUACCAGGUUAUUUGAG